AUGGCAGUUGAUUUUUCUUUUGCUUUCUCUCAUUUUUUUCUAUUCUGGUUCUCCAUCAUUAAAUGGUUGCUUAGGAAACACCACAAGCAACCCUCCAAUAUGAGAAUUCGCAGAUUACCAAAAAAAUCAGAAGCUAAAAAGGUAUCCUUACCUUCUACUGCUACGGAAUAUUUAGAACAAGGAUCAAUUGAUGAAGAGUCUGGCGAAAGAUGGUUGGGUUCUGAUGUAAGCAAAUGCUUGAGGUUUUUUAAUAAAGCAUACUUGAACUACCUUCAAGCCAUUAAGUUAGAUCCUAAAUUAUUGGAUGCCCAUUAUAAUUCUGUGAGAUUGUUAUUGCAUGCGUGCCAGAUUUUUAAGAGGAUACCGACAAGCCAUGAAAUUGCAAUUGAAAAUGCAUCUUUGGAAGUGGUGCAAAAUAUUUCAGACAUUAGAAUUGCUUACGAGAAUAGUUUGAACAGUGCUCAACGGUUGGAUCAAGUGCUGAAUGAUUUAUUAUAUAAUUAUGCAAUUGUUUAUCUCGAAUGGUUAGAGUCGCAGCAAGAAGAAGAGGAAGAAACUGGUUCCCUGGUGAGUUUUGAACAAGUAGUGGAGGUAUAUGAUAGAGUACAAGGGAUUUUUCAAAACUUAUUAAACAGUCAGUUAGAAGAACUAGAACGAUUUGUAAAUGAUCUAAAAAGUAUUGAUAGCAAUAAUAUCGGUGGUGGUGAUAUAUACGAUGGAAAUAGCUCUAGUAGCGGUGACGAAACAAAACAAGAAGAGCUUACAAGUGAAGAAGUUGUCCAGCCAACAGACUUGUUUGAAACUGUCUUGUCAUCUUACAAGUUGAUUCAAUCAGUCUAUGAGAGCGUUUCCUCAAACGAUUUGAUACUGUCAGUUAGUCAAUUAGUUUCCCCUUUGUUGGAGAUAAAUGAUAGAGUGGCCAACGAGUUGAUCAUAAAGUACAGCGAGGCUUCACAUGUCAACAGUAUGGUCAGUAAUAUAACGUUGAAAGAUGUCAAUGAGUUGAAAUUGGUUAAAUUGAACCUUUUAGCAUUAGCAGAAACAGAUAUAUUUAGGCUGUUGGAUAUAUGGAAAAUUGAUAAUGAAAUACCUGAAACAUUACCUGAAAAAUUUAUGGUGGUAUCCGAUAGUUUACAAGCAUUAUUGGAUAGAAACGAUAUAAAUCUACUGACAAUAAACUCGCAAGGUACGGAAUCUGAUAAAGAUACAUUCUGGAAGAUUCUCACUUUUCAAAAUAACAUGUUGAAGAAAGCCCAAGAGUUGUUGAAUGAUCAGAUGCAGUCGCAAAAAAAGAGUAACUUGCAACUGGAGGAUUUGGGUAGUUUAAUUGCUCAAAUAAGUGAAGUGGUUAUUGCAAGAGCUGAUAUCGAAUUGCAAAGGAGUCUGAUAAAGAAUUAUUCUCAGUCAGUGAAUAAUCACCUGAUAUUAAUGACCAAUUGUAAGAAUUUAUUGAAGAAUGCUAUCAACAUUGCCAGCUUGAAUGGUGGGUUGAGGGAGAGAAUGAUGGUAAAAGUAAAUCGUGAGCAAUGCAAAUUAGAAGCUGUCUUCAGGUUAUGCAUCUUGGAAAAUAAGACUAGUGUUGAAGAGUUAGACAGAGCCAUGACGAGAAACAAAUGGGUCAAUGAAUUACCAAAUUUGAAAAAACUGGGACUAUACGAUGACUUUGGAUUAAAUAAAAUAAUCAUCCCAUGA